UCUUUAAAUGAUGAAAUAAAACCUAUUUUUGGUUAUCCAGAACAAUUUCCUCAACCAGAUCAUAAUUUUGCGUCACCUUAUUCCAAUCCACCAUAUAAUUAUCCUCCACCAUAUGAUCAAUAUCCAUAUCAUUAUCUUUCUUAUUAUUACUCAAAUUACUAUAACGAUAACAACAUCAACAACAAUAAUAAUGAUUUUAUGCAACCACAAUUUUCCAACGUACCCCCACCACAACGAAAAAUUAUAACUUUUUGUCGAGUACUAUUUCUUUUUAUUGUUGUUCUAACGUUGAGUGUCGUUACUUUUUUUGUAGUUAAAUUUUGGAAAGAAUAUACAUAUUACCCUUCAUUUGAGGUUGUAUCGUUUGUUGUACAUACUUUCAACAUAUCAAACACCACAAAUAAAUUAACAGUUGAUUGGGAAUUAGAUGUGAAUGUGAGGAAUUCAAAUAGGAAAGUGGAAAUUAUUUUUGAGUACAUAGCAACUAGCUUGAUGUACAACUCUCAAUUGCUUGAAUCAUCGUUCAGCGCGCCUUUCAAUGUGUCCGGAGAAAACAGCGUCGUGUAUCAUGUCAAUUCUCAUAUUCCAAAUCCGAAUCAGAAGAAAAUCGGAGGCCUUGUGGUCAAUGAUAUGGCUCAUGCUUUACGAAGAGGUGACAACUUGUACAUUGAUCUGGAGAUAGAAGCUACAAUAAUUAAUAAAGGUAGUACUAUCGCGUAUCGCAAAAGAAAUUUGGAUUUAUCAUGCGAAGAUUUACUUUUGAACUUCAACAGUCCAACUAGCUUGCCAGAGUGGGAUGGUCAUACAAAUAGUUAUAUAAUGAAAUGCCAGUACUACGAGCCCAAUUGGUGGGAUUAUUAUUUCAUAUGGAAUUGGUGAAUUUCAUGGCGAAGAAGAGGCCACAAGUGAGCUUAUUAGCUAUAUCUUACAACAUUGAGGAGCAUGGUGAGAUGAAUUAUUUUUUCUUUAAACAUAGUCGAUCUCACAUUUUAAAUAUUCUUGAAUAUGGAGAAACUCCUGAUACAUAACGCUUCUUUUUGGUACGAUAUGGCGCUACGUAUACCCUUUACACCAGCAACAUGUCUUUUUUUUUUUUUCUUUUUCUUUCUAGUCAUGUUUGAUAUACCUAAGCUAGUAAACUAGGUAUAUAUUAAGCACAAGAGUAUAGAGUGAUAAAUUAAAGCACAUAGACAUGAAUAUUAUAAUUCAAUAGUUUUAAGUCAUAUACAUUAUGUGUCAAAGUAAUUCGCCUUGUUUUAAAGAUUUUUUUCAUAACUUGAUGAUGCAAGAUUUUUUGUACACAAAAUAUAAUUUAUAUAAUUUUUUUUUUUUGUUUGAUCUCUC